AUGUCUUUAGUUGCUGACGCCACUGAAGAAAAAAAUAAUAAUACUACUGUGAAUGCAGAGGAAAAUGAAGUUGCGGACGCUGACGUGGACGAAGAUAAACUUUAUGAUUCAACACGUCCAAUAACCCAACGAAUCGAAAUAGCUGUUCAAAAAUACAGAAAGAACCGUAAAUUCAGCCCGACCCGUAACCAAGUAUUUAGCUCUUAUCUUCGGUUUGGUGGUAUUAAUACUGGCCAAAAAUCCUACUUAGGCCAAGAUGGGCUUAAUUGUGAGGAUGCUGAUGCUGAUGAAAUAGCUGCGCGACGCGCCGUAGAUUUCAUUGAAGAAAAUGAUGAUGAACUGGAAGUCGAUUUCGCAUAUACUGUUCGAGUCUACUUAUCAAGUUAUUUUGUCGAUAAAUCUGGUUACGUCCAAAUGGACCAGUUUCGCGAAGCGCCUCUUGUUGUCAUAUCAUUCUUAAAUUAUUUGAUUAAGCAUGAUGUAUGUCCUGAGUACCUUUCUGAUAUGCAAGAGGCAUUAAAGAUUGCUGAAUGCGCAAAGUAUGAACUCCCGAAUUGCAAAUUAUUUGCUCAGCUUGCUCCGGGAAAAUUUAAUAAGGCUUGUUCUUUGAUAUUUGGUGGAGAGUUAUACGGAAUGUUUGAAAAUCCGUGGUUUGGUGAAGAAAGUGUUGCAAAAAUGAUUGGCAUUUCACAAAAUGCCGCUGAUGAGACCGUCAAAAAGGUUUUUGGUCAAAAUGUUCUGAGUGAGUUGAAGCAGGUGUUGGAAGCUUCAAAAAAAGCGUUAUUCGUUGAAGUUAUUGAUAUAGAACCAAUUCCAAAUCCUGUAACACCUGAUAGAACGAUCAAUGAAGCAUCAUCAACCACGGAAUCUAUCACAGCGAACAAUACUAAUAUGACCGAAAAUGUUACCGUAGACACUAAUGUUGCGGAAUGCACUAAGAAUGGUCAAGAUUCAUUGAAUGAUGAAUACUUACAAAAGAUGUCUGUUCGUGCGUAUCAAGGACCUGAUGCAGAUAUAAUUACCGUUUAUCUUGAGCCUAGUGUUGCACGCUGUGUUACACUUGGAAUGCUUAUCACUGCAGAUUUUCAUCAAUUGACUAAUGGUUGGUGGUAUUUUGAUCGAGUUACGAAUGUAUAUCCUUCUUAUUACCUCGAAGGUGAAGAGUCAUCUGAUGAAGACGAAUAG